CUUCAUAUGUCAUGCCGAGCAAUAAGUAGAUCUGUUUUAAACCAAGUAAAACGUUUCCUAAAUUAAAUGUAUUUAUAUCACAUUAUGGGUCUGUUUUAACCGUAAAGACAAGUCAAGAAGAGUUAUCUAAUGUCUGCAUCAGUGGUUGUCAGACUGGCAGCAGCCUCCAGAAGGAAGGUCAGGUAUCUGUGCCGGAGACUGUCCACCGACCAGCCGGUUAAUGGAGCUCCUCAGCCGGCUGCUCCUCUGGACAGCGAGCCGGCGGCGGUGCGGAGACCCAGAAAGGACCCAAGCGGCCGCACCGUGCUCCUCUUUCCCGGCCAGGGCAGCCAAUUUGUGGGCAUGGGUCGCGGACUUUUAAAGUACCCUAACGUUAAAGAAAUGUUCACAGUAGCCCAGAGGGUCCUCGGGUACGACCUGCUGUCUCUGUGCCUGCAGGGACCCGAGGAGGAGCUGCAGAAGACGGUUCACUGUCAGCCGGCUUUGUUUGUCACCUCUCUGGCUGCUGUGGAGAGGCUGAACCAAGAAAACCCCAAGGCCAUUGAGACAUGUGUUGCUGCUGCAGGUUUCAGCGUUGGAGAAUUUGCCGCACUUGUCUUUUCUGGUGCCAUGAACUUUGCAGAAGCUUUGUAUGCGGUGAAGGUGCGUGCAGAGGCCAUGCAGAAAGCGUCAGAGCUGGUUCCCAGUGGAAUGCUGUCAGUGAUUGGUAGACCGCAGGCCCAGUACAAAUAUGCCUGUUUGCAGGCUAAGGAGUACUGCAAGAGCGUGGGGAUUGAGGAGCCGGUCUGCUCUGUGGCCAACUAUCUGUUCCCUGAUGGCAGGGUCAUUGCAGGACACCAACAGGCGCUGGAUUUCCUCCAGAAGAACUCGAGGAAUCUCCAGUUCAUGAGGACCAAACCUCUCCCGGUUAGCGGAGCCUUCCACACUGAACUGAUGAAAUCAGCCACUGAACCCCUCAGAGAGGUUCUCCAUCAGGUGGAGAUUCGUCGUCCUGAGAUCAGCGUGUACUCCAAUGUGGACGGCAAACGCUACAUGAAUGAUAGCCACAUGCGCCGACAGCUGGUGAAGCAGCUGGUGUCACCGGUGAAGUGGGAGCAGACUCUACACGAGAUCUUCGAGAGGGUGCAGGGGGAAAAGUUCCCUCACACCUAUGAGGUCGGCCCUGGAAAGCAGCUCGGCGCCACGCUUCAGAAGUGCAACAGGAAGGCCUUCAACUCGUACGCGCAUGUGGAAGUCACGGCUUAUGAGGACUGAUGAUGCAGAGACGUGGACUCAGUUAUGAAAAAAGCCAACUAGAGGAAGUUAAAUGAGUCUCUGUGCUCAUUUUAUCUCAAACAACCCGACCUGCAAGACCUCUUAAAUAUGCGAGCUCCUGUGGUUGCUUCUUGAUGGUCUUGUUUGUGUAUUACUGUAUAAUUGAAUAAAUGAUUU